GGCAGUAGUAGGACACACAGCGACCUCCCUCAUCCAGUGACUGCCUCGCGCUGCUGCUGCUGCUGCUCUGCUGAGCAACACGUUCAUGCCAAGUGUUCUCACCCACACACUUUAACAGCAUCACACACACCUCUUAACCCAUAACUUCACAGCGUUAUGAAGAAACUAUAAUAAAAUGAUCAUAACUAAUUCAUUCCGAUAGAAAACCUUGGAAACAAUGUAAAUAAUAACCAGACUGAGUGAAGCGAGCCUAAGAGAUCACGUGUGUGUAACUAACCUCCUUGAAGAUCUCCCUUCACUACUCGCUACCUGAGAAAUUGACACUUAUGCAGCGCUGCAAUGCUAGUUAGUGAUUUAAGCAAUCCUUGUUGCGCUCAUCGAAACUGCAAGAUUUUCAUUCUUCCUCGGAAGACAUCAAGUAACCUCUAAAAGAUACCUUGAAGACCUUGAAGAGAUCUUCAAAUGCUUCCGAGAUUACGGGGGAGAAAAAAAAAAAGCUUGUUUUCCAUUAACCUCGAGCUCUCAUCAAGGGCUUGAAUGGAUCUGCAGACGUUACAAGGACCUGGGAAAGUAUUCAGCGGGGAAAAAAUUGAGAGUUCCACAUUAGACAAAAUCACAGCGAAUCCUAUAGACACCCCGGCCAAGAAAAUUCCCAGCAAUUGUUCAGAGCUCAUAGAAAACGUUCCUUGAUAGCCAACACUCGCCUCUCAAGGGUUAAAAAACGAAAAACUCAUAUUUUUUGUUAAUUAAAACUUUCCAAACAUUUUCUAGGAUAAAAACUUUGAGAUAAAUGCAAGAAACAUUGCCAAGGUGUUUCCAGAAAACAUGUUUGUGGAGCUUGUGUAAGAAUAUUUAUGUCGUUUCUGCUUGGUACAACACGCUGGAAGAUCGCUAUCAGUAACUACAUUCCAAAUCCUCCAGGACAAUAGUGUUGCAAGAGAUUUACGCAAAUAUUUUCUUAAAAAAUUAAUUCUUCAGUUGAGUCACUUAGAAAAGAUAUGCUAUUUUAGAUCUUAAAAGGAAGAUAAAAAUUGUUGAUAUUGUUGCAAGUUGAGAAAGUUGCUGACACUUCGACAAGUGCAAGUAGACAAGGUUGUUGACACUACCCCAAGUGCAAGUAGACUAGUCACUACCGCAAGUGCAAGUAGACUAGUUGUCACUGCCGCAAGUGCAAGUAGACUAGUUGUCACUACGGCAAAUAUAAGUACACAAACUUGUUGGCACUACCGCAAGUGCAAGGAGACUAGUUUGUUGUCACUACCGCAAGUGCAAGUAGACUAGUUGUCACUACCGCAAGUGCAAGUAGACUAGUUUGCUGUCACUACCGCAAGUGCCAGUACAGAAAGUUGUUGAUUCAAUAACAACGUAUUCUUGAGCUGUUUUUCAAGACAGUUUGACGCAUCUCUAGAAAGAUUUUUUUUUGGGGGAAAGCAAAAUCUUUCACAUCAUUUCCAGGAAGAGGAGCUUUCUCUGAGACUGUUGCAAGAGACAUCAUUCCAUACCUCUGCAAGAGGCUACUGGGAGACCUGCAAGAAACUAUAUUGCAAAACUUUCCAGCAAGACUAGACCUCGCGGGUCGUGGGAGGCAAGACCAUGGCCUGGAAGAGACUGUGUUGCCACGCAUGGAUUAUUGCCAUGGUUCUCUUCGUGGAAGACACUGCCACCAUCCGCAUCACACGGGUGCGGGUGCCAGAGACGGUGGAGGCCGGUGGUGAGGGUGACCUGGAGUGCUCCUGGGAGGAGGACAGUGACAACAUAUACUCCAUUAAGUGGUACCAGGGCGCCCACGAGUUCUACCGCUACACACCCACCGCCGCCCACCCCGUACAGAUCUUUGACCCGCCCACCCUCGACGUUGACAGAGACAAGUCAUGGGGCGGCAGUGUGAGGAUAUCCAACGUCAGCGUGGCAGCAGAGGGACCUUUCCACUGUGAAGUAUCCGCCGACGGCCCCACCUUCCACACUGCCUCAGAAGCUGCCUCUCUCAUGGUCGUUGACCGACCGGACGGGGGCCCGAUAAUUACAGGUGGUCGUCGUGAGUACCUGCUAGGUGAGGGUGUGGAGGUGUACUGCACCUCACGCAGAGCACGACCUCCACCCCACCUCUCCUUCAGUGUCAACAGUCAGCCGGCGUCACCAGGGUGGCUGGAGCCGCAGGUUGACGAGGGUGAGGCGGGGGGACUGACUACCUCUUUCCUGCGUCUGCGGUUUCCGCUACUGCCGCACCUCCUCAGAGGCGGUGAGGUGCGGCUGAGGUGCGUCGCUGAUCUUCCUGGAGUGUACCAGCUGGAGACGUAUGAGGUGCUCUCUACCACACCCCCCUACCACGCCUCUGUUCUGGGGGGCGGAGCUGCAGGUCUGAGAUCAACUGUCGUGUUUGCUGAACUGUUCCAGCUCCUGUUGCUACUGCUGCUUGCUAUAGUGGUCUUCCAGCGCCAUUAAACUAUAUCUGUGUCAUCUCCAGCAUCCCCCAGUCACCUACAGCAUCUCCCAGCCACCUCCAGCAUCCCCCAGUCACCUCCAGCAUCCCCCAGUCACCUCCAGCAAACCUCAGUCACUUCCAGCAUCCCUGCGUCACCUCCAGCAUCCCCCAGUCACCUUCAGCAAACCCCAGUCACCUCCAGCAUCCCCCAGUCACCUCCAGCAAACCCCAGUCACCUUUGGCAAACCCCAGUCACCUCCAGCAUCCCCUUGUCACCUCCAGCAUCGCCCAGUCACCUCCAGCAUCCCUGCGUCACCUCCAGCAUCCCUGCGUCACCUCCAACCCCCCCCAGUAACCAUUAGCAUCCCUCAUCUCAAGCAUCCCUUAGUUAUUCCUGGGUCACUUCUAUCCGCCAUUUCCAGCAUUCAUCUCUAGCAUUCAUCUCCAGCAUCCAUCAGCCAUCCCUGAGUCAUCUCCAGUAUCCCUGAGUCAUCUCCAGUAUCCCUGAGUUAUCAAGUCAUUUCCAGCGUCCAUAACUAAUCCCUGGGUCAUUGCCACCAUCGCUGUAUCAUCCCUGAGUCAUUUCCAGCAUUUCUCAAUCGUUGUCAUCAUCCUUGAGUCACUGUCACCAUCCCUGAGACGUUGUCCCAAUCCCUGGGUCAUUAUCACUAUUUCUGAGUCACUGGCACCAUCCCUGAGUCAUUGUCAUCAUCCCCGAGUCACUGUCACAAUCCCUGAGUCAUCUACAUCUCCAAAAGUUUUCUCCACCUUUCUCUCUCUCUCUCUCUCUCUCUCUCUCUCUCUCUCUCUCUCUCUCUCUCUCUCUCUCUCUCUCUCUCCCACAGACGCAGGAAUAAGGCUGAGCCAGUCAGGCUUCCGGUAGGAGGGUAGCCAGCGGCCCGCCCUCAGCUUCAUUUGCAUACCGGAAAAAGCAAAUCAGAAGGCGCUCAUCCGUGCAAUCACGAAGCACGGAUCUUGGUUAGCAGUGGCACGAAUCUUGGCUAGCAGUGCCACAGAUACCAGCUAGCAAUGGUACGGAUCCUGGCAAGCAGUGGCACGGAUGCUAGCUAGCAGUGGCACGGAUCCUGGCUAGCAGUGGCACGGAUGCUAGCUAGCAGUAGUACGGAUCCUGACUAGCAGUGGCAUGGAUCCUUACUAGUAGUGGCACUGAUCCUGACUAGUAGGAGCCACAGAUCCUAGCUAGCAGGAGCCAUAGAUUCUGGCUAUCAUAAGGCACGGAUCCUGACUAGCAGUGGCACGGAUCCUGGCUAGCAGUGGCACGGAUCCUGGCUAGCAGUGGCACGGAUCCUGGCUAGCAGGUGCCACGGAUCCUCAUAAUUUACGUAGAAACUUAUUACAAUAAACUACAAAAGAAAUUUAAAUAAAAAACGCAGAUAUCUUUCUAAUAUAUUGGUACAGUAAAAUCAUGACUGUGUAUGUGUGUGUGUGUGUGUGCGUGUGUGUGCGUGUGUCUGUGUGUGCGUGCGCGUGUGGAUGAGAUAGUGAGAGAGAGAGAGAGAGAUUGUAUAUUACCAUCUCCACCUGAGGUUCUCUUCGACUACCUUCAUCACACAAAGGUAACACUGCUCAGAGAUCUACAGAGUCCUGCCCAGGAUUCUUCUGCCUUAACUCUCACCACUUCCGAGUCAAAUCAUUACUGACCCACAUAACUGACUUCAUCUAUUUAACAAUGUAAUUAAUGAUGUCCUAGACUUUCUCAAGGCAUGCCUUUCCAAAAUCAGUUGGCCUUCGCCAAGAUUACAUAACCCACGUUAUAUAUCCACAACAUUAUAUAUUCCACAACAUUAUAUAUACCACAACAUUAUCGCCACCAAUGCCAUUAUGUAAACAAAUAAUUAGAUGAAACAAAGUCAGGCCUAUAUGACCAGUACUCACCUAACUGUACUUGCCUAACUGUAGUUGCAAGGAUCGAUUCAUAGUUCCUUGCAACCUCUACUCGCAAGACGAUGAAUAUGCACUCCUUCCCACCAUGUAACACACGGGCAUUGCUUCAGAUACGUGGAUUAUAUAUAUACUGUAUUUUCCGGCAUAUAAGGCGCACGAUCAUACGACAUAUAAGGCAGUGUUUCCAAGCAACAACUGCUAAAGCGUAACCCAAUGGCUACCUUUGACCCUGACCUUGAGCAUAUAAGGCGCAGAGUGAUUUCACAAGACUUUUUGUGGGUGAGAAAAGCCCGUCUUAUAUGCCGGAAAACACGAUAUUCACCCCACGGGUAGACGAAUGGAGCCCUUUACACUUCCCAGAAGGUCUGUCAACUGCUUCAUUCUAUGCAGUUCAAAGGUGAAUGGGAAAGUCACAAUCACAUACCUUCUGGACACUGAAAACAAAAAUCUUGCAUUCUACAAUCACGGGAAACACACGGUUAACUACCAACAUUUCUUCAGCAACAACUCGACACAUAAAAAAAAAAGAGAUCAGAAUCAAGUCUUUAUCUUUGAGCCGUCAAAUCUAUAGUCCGUCUCGAAUCGAAGAAGAAAAUAUAUCAAGACCCAUUUCUUAAAACUAGAAUACCCAGAAUGAUUUACUCACAAAUGUGUAAAUUUAGCCAACAACUCUACUACAAAUCAGUCAGUCCAAACACUACAACCUGUCAUGACUGACUCAGAAACCCCCUUAACCAAAAUAUAAAGAAGACAGUAUAGAACAUAGUCACCAUCGCCCCUGUUUAAUCCAACAAAUUUAGUGACAACAACAACAACACAGCACCAGAAUCGCACAUACCAGGGUGGUCAGUAACAGUAAAAUUUCGUACCUUGUAUAUUAAGGAUAUUUAAUAUAACACAGUUAUGGUAUUUUUUCCGAAAGGGGAUAACUAGAUUAAAAAUUGAGUUUUUGUUGUUAAGAUUUAGAAUUUUAUUCUAGUAGUGAAAUAUUAGUCAGUCUCUUAGAUAUCUGGCUCUUACAGACAUUUUGUUUAAUUUUUAAGGUAAAAGUUUAAGAUAUGUCUACUGAGUCCCCUGUAAGGAUUGUCAUCAAAAAUGCAAGGGACAGACGGGGAGACUUCUGCAAGCACCAAUCAUCGAACACUGAAGAUCCAUCAAAUACUGACACGAGAGCUCAAAUUUCAAUACAUAAAAAGUAAAUCACACUUUCUACGGUAGCGGGGCCACCAUUGUGCACGAAAUAGGUUACGACUACAAAAUAAAAAUGACAGAAGUAGCUGAUACUGACUCGAGCCUCAAUGUCAACGUUCCCAGAUCAUUUUUUUUAAUAAGCAGAGAGUUUUAGUAAGGUGUUCUUAAAGAGUAUGUUGUUAACUAUUUCAGUGAGGACCUGAUGGAAUAUAGAGAUAUGCCACUAAAACAGUACAUUCCAGCACCUCAACACAAAUCUGAGAUGAAUCACCUCACUCCCUCCCGGCUCAUGAACAUUUCUUAAUCCCUCUCUCGUCACCACCAAGUUCAUAUCUUCAUCUGCCCCUAUGAUAUGUUUCCUCCUCACUUAUAUAUCUGCUGAAGAGGAUCUCAGCUCAAGAUCGAAAUAUACAGCUCCUCACUCUCAGUGUUGAUGCCUGCAAUGGUUCAUUAUUCAUCUUUUUUUCAUAUA